AUGCAGCCGAAUGCAAAUACCGGUCUAUACCCCUCCCAGAUCGACAGGUUUCCGGUCAACUGUUCAACUCCUCCAAGGGAGAAUGCGACAUCGAUAGAAUUCAGUGACAGAGCCGAUCCAAAUCUCACCGAGCAAUCACCUCCUCCACAACCGGAAGUCCCCGCUUCAGACUUCACUAAAGAGUGGGUUGAGGACCGACUUCAAAAGCUUGAAGCAUCCACAUCGGAACGGAUUGAUAGCCGUAUCCAAGAGUUCGAUGACACAGUGGUUCAACGAUUCAAGGAUAGAUUCCAAAGAAUCACUGGCUCGGCACUCAAUUUCGCCGAUGCCACAUGGUUUCUUUUGAAUUCCAAUCGGGACCGAAUCUCAGAAAUCGGCGAUGAUAUGCGGGAAGAGGCGGUUCAGCGCGAUAAAUAUGUUCAGCGAACUGCAAUUCUGGAGGACGUAACCUCCGAUUUAAAGAAAGAUUUCGACCGGUUUGAGAGAGGAACCGAUCAACGGUUAACUGCGAUGAGUAAUGAUCUGGUCGGCACGACACUUGACCGGGUCUCCGAACUCGAAAAGACGAAUGUGGGUCUCGUGACCGAACUAAAGGCGCUCUCUGAACAGGUUGCCGAACUGCUAAAGGCAAAGGUGAACGCGGAUGCCGCGGCUAUAGCGGCCGAUGCUGAGACGACUAAAAGGAUCCAGGAUGCGCUGGAUGCCGAAGUAAGUAAAGAGAAAGAGGCACCGCGUUCUUCUCAGCUUACCGAAGAGGAAGAGGAAGCCGCGCGGAUUAAAAAGGCUAAAGUCAUGUUCCCAGGGUUUGCUGAGAAAGUAGCCGCUCAAGCUGCGGAGGAUGCCGCACGAUUGGAAAGGCAAAAACGGAAGCUGGAAGAAUUCGCCGAAGAAAACAAGAAGAAGAAGGCGGCUGCCUCCGCCUCAGCGCCGAAAAAGCGGAAGAGGGAGGCUCCUAAGAAGGAGGCCCUUAAGAAGGUUCAAAUAGCCGAGCUGCUCAGUGAGAUCUCUGAACCGGUCAUCCCGAAUGCAUCGCAGCAGGACGACUAA